AUGUCCGAAAAGCUCCAAGUAGCAGUCGCAGGCAUUGGCCGCAUGGGCAUGCGCCAUGCCCGCCACUUCGCAACCCUCACACCCCGCGCCGAACUCAUCGCCGUCUGCUCGCCCGUGCAGGCCGAGCUAGACGCCGCAAAGAAGGAGUUCGGCGUACGCACAUACCUCUCCUUCGACGACAUGCUGGCUAAAGAGAAGACCCUCCAAGCCGUUGUUGUUGCAUCCGCCACGACCGUGCAUGCCGAGCAGGCUAUCAAGGCCAUUGAGGCUGGAAAGCAUGUUCUCUGCGAGAAGCCGUUGAGUACCAGUCCCGAGGUGUCCCAAUCCGUAGUCGACGCCUACCGCAAAUCCCAAAAGAACCACCCAACCCAAAAAGUAAUCUGCGGCUUCUCCCGCCGCUUCGACGCCUCCUACCGCGACGCCUACAGGCGCAUGGCCAAUGGCGACAUCGGCACACCUUCCGUCUUCCGCUCGCAGACCUGCGACAAGCUCGAUCCCAGCGGCUUCUUCGUGGCGUAUGCCGAGUUCUCCGGGGGUAUCUUUGUCGACUGCUCGAUUCACGAUAUCGACCUUGCGCUUUGGUUCUUUGGCGAGGACAGUCGUGUCAAGUCUGUUACGGCUGUUGGAAUCACGGCUGUGCAGCCUGAUUUGCGGAAGCAUAAUGACCGUGAUAAUGCGGUUGGCAUUAUUGAGUUUUAUGGCGGCAAAAUCGCCCAACUAUACUGCUCACGUAUGAUGGCAGCCGGACAGAUGGACUGCACAGAAGUAUUCGGCACAAACGGACAAAUCGCCGUGAACACACAGCCGCAAUCCAACCUGGUGAACCUAUUCGAGUCGACCGGAGUGCGCCGCGAGAUCCCGCCUGAUUACUAUGGCCGAUUCCGCGAGGCGUUUGUCACUGAGGCGAAUGAGUUUACUGCUGCUUGUCUUGAUAACCUGCCUGCGCCUAUGUCGCUUGAGGGGGCUGUUGCUGCUGUGCGCAUUGGGUGUGCGUUGCAAGAGAGUUUGAUUUCUGGAAAGAAGAUUGAGUUUGAUGAGAGUGGGAAGAGGGUUGAGGCUUCUAAGCUUUGA